CACUAUCCAGAUUAUUCCCCAAUUCGCGGUGUGUACACACUGGCCGAGCAGCUCGGCAAAAAGUAUUUGUUUAUUUGUAAAAACUCGGAAAAUGAGUGGAAAAGCGUCGAAAUCGAACAGCGCCUCCAGCAGCAUGCUAUACGGCUCCAGCAUCUCGGCGGAGUCCAUGAAGGUGAUCGCAGAGAGCAUCGGCGUGGGCUCCCUAUCGGAUGAUGCCGCCAAGGAGCUGGCGGAAGAUGUGUCCAUCAAGCUGAAGAGGAUCGUCCAGGACGCGGCCAAAUUCAUGCACCACGCCAAGCGGCAGAAGCUCUCUGUACGGGACAUCGACAUGGCCCUGAAGGUCAGGAAUGUGGAACCACAAUAUGGCUUCGUCUCCAAGGACUUCAUACCCUUUCGCUUUGCAUCCGGCGGAGGAAGGGAGUUGCACUUCACGGAGGACAAAGAGAUCGACCUUAGCGAGAUCACCUCAAGCAACACGGUUAAGAUACCCCUCGAUCUCACCCUGCGUUCCCAUUGGUUUGUGGUCGAGGGAGUCCAACCAACUGUACCCGAGAACCCGCCACCACUCUCGAAGGAUUCGCAGUUCCUGGACUCCGUCAAUCCGGUGAUUAAACUCGAUCAAGGUCUAAACAAAGAUGCGGCUGGCAAGCCCACAACCGGCAAGAUUCACAAGCUCAAGAACGUGGAGACCAUCCACGUCAAGCAACUGGCCACGCACGAGUUGUCCGUGGAGCAGCAGCUGUACUACAAGGAGAUCACCGAGGCCUGCGUGGGAUCGGAUGAGCCGCGACGCGGUGAGGCGCUGCAGUCACUGGGCUCCGAUCCUGGCCUGCACGAGAUGCUGCCCCGCAUGUGCACCUUCAUUGCCGAGGGCGUUAAGGUCAAUGUGGUUCAGAAUAAUCUGGCGCUGCUCAUUUACCUCAUGCGCAUGGUGCGUGCACUGCUGGACAAUCCAUCGCUGUUCCUGGAGAAAUACCUGCACGAACUGAUACCCUCGGUGAUGACCUGCAUUGUUUCCAAGCAGCUGUGCAUGCGUCCCGAACUGGACAAUCACUGGGCCCUGCGAGACUUUGCCUCCCGUCUCAUGGCGCAGAUCUGCAAGAACUUCAACACCCUGACUAAUAAUUUGCAAACUCGAGUUACCCGCAUCUUCAGCAAGGCAUUGCAAAAUGAUAAGACCCACCUGUCCUCGCUGUACGGAUCUAUUGCAGGCCUCUCGGAGCUGGGAGGCGAGGUCAUCAAAGUGUUCAUCAUACCCCGCCUUAAGUUCAUAUCGGAACGCAUUGAGCCCCACCUGCUGGGCACCUCGAUCAGCAACACAGACAAGACAGCCGCCGGCCACAUACGCGCCAUGCUCCAGAAGUGCUGUCCACCGAUCCUCAAGCAAAUGCGCCCUGCUCCGGACACGGCGGAGGACUACAAGAACGACUUUGGCUUCCUGGGACCGUCGCUGUGUCAGGCGGUGGUCAAAGUACGAAAUGCCCCCGCCUCCAGCAUUGUGACCCUUUCGUCGAACACUAUCAACACGGCACCUAUAACGAGUGCUGCACAAACGGCCACCACCAUUGGACGUGUGUCCAUGCCAAGCACUCAGAGGCAGGGAAGCCCUGGAGUGUCGGCCCUGCCUCAGAUAAGGGCCAUUCAGGCCAAUCAGCCGCCGCAAAAGUUUGUGAUAGUCACCCAAAACUCGCCGCAGCCCGGCCAGGCAAAGGUGGUGCGACGGGGCAGUUCGCCGCACAGCGUGGUCCUCUCCGCGGCCUCCAAUGGGGCCAAUGCCUCCAACUCGAACUCAAACUCGAGCGGCAGUGGCAUCGGCAUCGGCAUGGGCAGCGGCAGCGGCAGCCUUCUGUCAGCCGCACAGCGGAGCAGCGAGAAUGUUUGUGUUAUUGCCGGUAGCGAAGCGCCAGCAGUUGAUGGUAUAUCAGUUGAAUCUUUCAGAGCAUGGAAAAUGCAUGCAAGAUUUGCGGAUCCCGAGCCCGCGUCGCCGGACAGUGAGGACAGAAUCGAAACGGAGUCGCUGGAGGCCAGAAUCGAGGCGUUCAAGCAGAGUCCCCAGAACAUGGCCGCUCUGCGGGAAGCGCUCGACGAUGUGGUGUUGCGGGCUGAGACGGAGGCCAACAGGCGGGCAGUUGAGAGCCAGAAAUCGCAACAGGGCAAGGAAAAGCGACCGAAUUUUAAGAACGGCAAGGUGGUGAACCGAGCCCGAGGAUUCGUGGUGCGGAUCUUCGAUGCCAUAUGCAAUUGUGCCAACAACAAUGCGGCGGCGGCCACGACGCGCUUCAAGUUGAGGAGCAACAGUGGCGGAGGAGGUGGCGGCGGUGGUGGAGGUGGAGCCGGUGGAGGUGGCAGUGGAAAUGGCAAGCGCCAGCAGUCCCAGGAUGAGCCGGAAACCCUGGUCCUGACCAAGAAGAAGCCAGCCAGCGAGGGCAAAAAAAAGAAAGGCGUCAGCAUGGCCGAUGACGUUCAAGCCGGCCCAUUACGGAUCAUGUCCAGCGAGGACAAGAACUGGUCCAUUGUCAUGGCCCUUCCAGGAUCGGGCAGCAGCGUUAGAAGAAUCUGCAGGACGAUGGCCAAAGCGGCGGAUGAACAUCAUCUCCUCGACUUCAGCGAUAAUGCUGAGUUUCAAUGGGGCGAAUCCGAGAACCAGAUAUAUAGCCACGAAAAUCGUACUGGCGAGAACCAAGUCGUCAAUUUUCUGUCACGACAUCGUCUCAGUAAGCGGCAAGCUCCUACUUCGCAGUUGCUGGAAAACAAGGACUAUGGCCCUUGCAGCACUCCUUUGGGUGAAUCCGGUCGUUGUCGCCACAUCAUCUACUGCCGCAUGCCGGAGCUUAAAAACGAUGUCUGGCGCCUGGUAUCCCAACUUUGUAUCAUUGAGAAGAGCUCCAUAGGCAUUUGCUGCACUGACCAGUCGACCAGCAACCGCUUUAGUCCGCAGAUCGUGACCAAUCCGGACAAGGAUGAGCCGCGGAUCGUCAAUCAGCCGGAGCAGCGUGGCUGUGGGAUUACGACCAGGCAGUUCCCGCGCCUCACUGGAGGACGACCAGCCGAGCCGGACGAGUGGCCCUGGAUGGCGGCCCUGCUCCAGGAGGGACUGCCCUUCGUGUGGUGCGGCGGUGUCCUGAUCACCGAUCGCCACGUCCUUACGGCCGCCCACUGCCUCCACAAGAAGGACAAGGAGGACAUCUUUGUGCGUCUGGGCGAGUACAACACUCACAUGCUGAACGAGACGAGGGCCCGGGACUUCCGCAUUGCCAACAUGGUGCUCCACAUCGAUUACAAUCCGCAGAACUACGACAAUGACAUUGCCAUCGUCAGGAUCGACAGAGCCACGCUGUUCAACACGUAUAUCUGGCCGGUUUGCAUGCCGCCCGUGAACGAGGAUUGGUCGGAUAGGAAUGCCAUUGUCACGGGUUGGGGCACCCAGAAGUUUGGCGGUCCGCAUUCCAACAUCCUUAUGGAGGUGAACUUGCCGGUGUGGAAGCAGUCUGACUGCCGGGCCUCGUUUGUGCAGCAUGUUCCGGACUCGGCCAUGUGCGCGGGAUUCCCGGACGGAGGACAGGACUCGUGUCAGGGCGAUAGCGGGGGUCCACUGCUGGUGCAGCUGCCCAACCAGCGAUGGGUCACCAUCGGCAUCGUGUCCUGGGGCGUUGGAUGCGGGGAGCGUGGUCGUCCGGGUAUUUACACACGUGUGGACCGCUACCUGGACUGGAUACUGGCCAAUGCUGAUGUCUAAUACAUAGAAAGCGCUGCCUUCAGUUAGUCAGUACAUUCAAUUUACUCGGCAUUAGCUUUAACAAAUGCUAUGGUCUAAAUACACUAAUUAACCUGAUAA